AUCGUCUCGCAUUCUCUCCCACGCACGCGACCUUCUCUCGUUCCACGCGCCAACGCAGCCGCCGUCUCCUCUGCUCCUUUCUCUCUACAUCGCCAGAUCUAGGACGCCACCGGGAGGAGAUCAGAGAGGCCACGGCCGCGGCAGAAGCACCAUUCUCGACCAGAUCCGCACUCAGCGCAGCUACCGCCCUUUUCUCUUGUUUACAUACGCAGCGAUUUCUGUGUUUCCUUUCCAACGAAGGCAGCUCCGCAUCGGGCCGCACACGCACAUCUUCGUCUCCACCUCUCCCCCCACAUGCCACCGCCUCCUCUCUCUCAACGUCGCCAGCUGCAGCCGCCUCUUCUUCCUCUCUCUCUCUCUGCUUGUCUCCCCCCUCGCUGAACAAGGCUCACACGAGCGGCGGUGGCAGCAGACCUGUGAGAAACAUGGAAAGGCAGGAGGUGGAAGUCCUCGCGGGAGUCAUCGUCCAUGAAGAACUGGAUCGGAAGCAGUUCACGGCAUGUACGUCCCCGACCAGCCGCCGGAGUCCCUCUGUCUGCUGUGUGCGAUAGCUUUACUCGCUAUCUGUUCUAUUUGCAAGAGGAGGCAAGGGUCGGGAAGCGGUGGCACCGGCGACUGGCAAACCUCAUCGGCUACUGCUGCGACGGGGUCGAGCGCCUGUUCGUCGCUGAGUUCAUGCCCAACGACACCCUCGCCAAGCACCUCUUCCACUAUCCCACUAUGUCACCGGCCUGCUCUCCCUCCCCUGCACCAGGCUCUCCGACCGGCUCCUUCGCACCGCCUUCCACUUCAAAGUUCAAACAACUCAAAGACAAGAAAUUCAAGCGUUCUGUGCCUCUUUGAGGUAUUUUUGGCUGUAACAAAUUUCUGAAGAGGGAUGACACAUUCAGAAUUUCAGAUAGACUUGUGUCUUUUUGGUUGUAAUGGCAUAUGCUCGCUACUCCCUUCGUUUUUAUUUACUCUGCAUAUUAGAGUUGACUGAAGUCAAACUUCGUAAACUUUGACCAAAUUUAUAGAAAACUAUAUAAAUAUUUACGAUAACAAAUCUAUAUAAUGUGAAAGUACAUAUAAUAAUAAAUCUAAUGGUAUUGAUUUGUUAUGGUAUAGGUUAAUAUUUUUGUUUCUAAACUCUGUCAAAGUUUGCAAAGCUUGACUUUGACCAAAGCUAAUACGCGAACUAAAUAAAAACGGAGGGAUUACAAUCUUUACUGACAAUGAGCAGUUAGAUUGGAUGCAGGCAUGCAGCUACACUCUUUAUUAAUGCAAGAAACAAAAGAGCUAUCUGAACUUCCCAAUCAUCAGAUAUAUAGAUGUUCCAUACUUGUAGCAGAUGUUCUUUGCUGCGAUGUGUGUCACUAAACUUAGCACCAACCAUAGAACAAGCUGCUAAACUGAACUCAUCGUCUGCAUUUGCUAGGCCUCAUUUUAUAGAACGAGAAAUCGGGAGGAGUCAGAAAAUUACAUGCUUAUAGUAUGUACUAACAGUUAAAAACAUAUGCAGUUUGACUAUGUAUAUGAUCCUCCCGUUUACUUAUUUAUUUGUUGUCUCAAAUGUAAAUCUGUGAGGUUCACCCUGGCCGUUGUCAAGUCCUGACCAUGGCCACACUGCAGAAACAUCAAAUUCUGUUGAUGUCGAUUUUAUUGAUGAUAAAUGUCAGGUAUAAUCUUCUAUGUC